UAAAAGUGGGUAAAUAGUAUCGAGUCGGAUGUUUCGGUGGGUAAAUAUGGGUGUAAAAGUACGAAUAGUUGUGUAGUAUGGAGCGUCGUGAGAGUGUCAUGGAACAAAACAAUCCCAAGUUAUUCGCAGACGGGCCAUACCGUACACACGACGGUGGUGUGGUCGUGUGUAAGCGCGAGAUGAGCGACAAUGGCGCCCAGGCUAGGCAUCGUAUCGCGAAUACAGACAUUGCCGAAAACAUUAUCUUCGUUUCGUUUUUUUUUUGUUUUCUCUUUUCUCAGUCGCGCGAGUGUUAAGACGAGCGGGUGUUGUUUAUAAAUUGCGUCGCAAUUCGCAUUCUAACCUCAUCCAAAUAACGCAUUAACGCUGCCUAGUCUUAAAUAAAAAGAAUAGAUUACGUUGAGACUCGUCACGCUGUUUUUGUAUCCUUCCUCGUUCUGUCCUCCCCCCCCCCCCCUCUCUCUCUCCCCAUCUGUAUUAUUCCACGUACUAUUGUACGAGGUUAUGCGAAAAUAAUGUUUUUGCCACGUAUAGUAGAGGCCCGUGAACCCUGAAGGGUUUUACAGUUAUACUGCAAUGUGGCACAUUUGCAGAAGCGUAGAGAACGUUGUGUCGUUGGUAGAGUCGUAUGUUUGUUAUUCGUAAAAUUAUUCGAUCAUUAUUUGCAACGAUCAGUUUGGGGAGUAUUUUUUUUUUUUUUUUUUCGUUCAUCAGUCGUGCUUUUAGUUUUGGACAAGCCAGUUUGGUUGUAGGGCCGGGAUUGGAGAUAGACAAGAUGGAUCAGCAAUAUUGCCUCCGUUGGAAUAAUCAUCCGGCCAAUUUGACGGACGUACUGAGCUCGCUACUAGCCAGAGAGGCCCUUUGCGACGUCACAUUGGCGUGCGUCGGCGAAACUUUCAAAGCUCAUCAAACGAUAUUGUCCGCCUGCAGUCCGUACUUUGAAAAUAUAUUUCUACAAAACAUACAUCCUCAUCCGAUAAUAUUUCUCAAGGAUGUCAACGACACGGAGAUGAAGGCGCUUCUGCACUUUAUGUACAAAGGCGAAGUUAACGUCAGUCAGCAUCUUUUGCCCAUGUUUCUUAAAACGGCCGAAGCGCUGCAAAUCAGAGGUCUAACCGACAACAGUGUCAAUAACAAGACCGAAAACAAAAGCCCCUCACCGGAACCUGAAACCCAGAGUAGCACGAGGCACGUAGAAUCUCCCAAUCUACAAUCGCAUCCGGAAAAAAGGAAACGAAAGGCCUCCGGAAGUUACGACGUUUCCCUCACAGGACCGCCGAGCGAACGCUUCCUAUCCGACUCUCAGGCAUCGUCUCAAUGUAGUUACAAAUCCAGCCCUACAGUGAUUCCAAAGUUAAACAAUACACUAGGCGGCGAUGUAGAAGAUGGAGGUCGGCCAAUGUCCCCGUCGUCUCAAGCCCAAGCUCCGAUAAAGCAAGAGCUCGACCACCACAUGCCUGACUUCCAUGACAACAUUUCUCUGCCUACUAGUGUGGAGAGGGAGUUUCAAAGUGAUGGGAAGAGUGAUGAAACUAUGGAUGUGCAGAGCAUGUCUCGGGACGAUCGUCGAGCCCCGGCCCCGUUGCAAACCUCCCGUGAAAGUGCCAUCAUGGCGGGAGGCUCGCUAUGUAUCGAUAUGUCGUCAAGCCUUCCGGAUUAUCAGCGCGUCAAGGGACAUCCGGUCGGGUUGUUAGGAGACGACGGAGGACCCACGGCGGGGGCAUUGAGCGACGGUGUGCCAGGAAUUGAAACGUCCGAGCACCACAACCCUCCCGAAAUGCUCGACGGACUCGAUGGAACAACAGCAAACGAAAAGGAUAUUGAGAAAAAAUAUGACUCGAUGAAUAAGUUAGACCAACACCUCGGUACGGAAAGUUGUAGGCUGUGCGGUAAGAGCGUAGCCAACAUAAAAAAGCACAUGAAAUCACAUUUCCCGGAUAAGUAUCAGUGUCACAUAUGUAUGAUAUCGCUCACGAGAUCGGACAAUCUUAAAAGGCAUAUUAAACUCAAACACGGAAUACCUGCCGAAGGAUCAAUACUGUCGUCGUUUUCGCGCUGCGAGACCAAACACUUCCUAGCCAAGUCCGACAGGUAUCUCACUUAGCCGCGGGGAUUGAGAGUUACCACGGAAAGCGCGUUAUGCCGGAUCCUUGGGUGCUCGAGGAUCGAGUAAUCGGGGGGCACGAUGGGAAAGCGAACGAACGAAAAGGACGUGCGAAAGAAAGAAAAAAAUUAUGAAAAUGUAGCGAUAAGACACGACGAGGACGAGGAUCAGCUCGUAGCUUUUAAACGUAAAAAUUGAAAAUUAUUAUCCACGAUGCUGCAGAACGAUUUUACACUCUAUUUUGUAUAUUGUACAAGCAAACGUUGUUCGUGACGUUCCUUACUCGCGUCUACCAAGGUUACGAGAUUACCAUGAUCUUGGACACGCAGUAUUAUAUUUAUUCUAGACUCUAAGAGAUAGAAUAUUUUUUUUAAUACAACACAUAUAUUUAUAUCUAUAUAUACGUACAUUUGUAAGUUAUAUUUAGGUGUGGCAUUGUCAAUUGGUUCCUAACGAGGAAUUUGACGUACAAUCGUAUGGUUACCGCAUCCAUUCUCGCGGAGAAAAUACUCCUCGGAGUGAGAUUUUUUAAACGAAGGAUGCUUUAGGCUCGUAAGAAAAUAUAAAUCGCCCAAGGCUUUGUACGAUCCGCUGAGACUCGAUCCGCUCCAAAUUUCAAUCGAAUUUCCCGGAUUUCCUUAACGAUUGUCACCUCACGGGGCGAGGGGGGAAAUCAAGGCCAUUUGGGGGCGGAUGAAAAGCCUCUCGAUUCCGGGACUUUUCGUCCUCGUUGAGGGAACUCCUGCACUGCGUGCUAAUCAAAUGAGUAGUCAAAAAAGUUCAACGUACCGAUUAAACUUAUUCUUAGUAGAUGCGUAUUCAAGCAUAUUUUAUUAACGUGAAGAAAUAUUUAUAAUUAUAGUUUCGCAAAACUAUCAACUGACGGAUGCAAAUUUCCAUGAUGACACAUUUUCACAGCUAUUUUUCAAAUAAUCCUCUCCAUUUUUUAACCGAUUUUAUCGCACCAAGUCUCAUUUAUUUCCUCAACCGUUCCUCUACCAAUUCACCGCGUAGAUUUUCCUUUAAACUCACUCCUCCAGAUAUUGUGAAUGAACAAGUUUUUUCACUUAUGAACAAUUAGCUGCAACAGUGAACAGCUGCAUUGGCGAACAAAAUGAGACUCGUUGCAAUAAAAUCGAUGAAAAAAGGCAGAUAAUUAUUUGAAAAGUACGAGUGAAAAUGUGCCAGCGUGGAAAUUUUCAUUCAUCAGUUGAUGCUUUUGGAAAACUAGCGUUUUUAAUAUUUUUGCAUCUUUAUGAGAUAUGCUGUGUAACACAAAUCCGCUAAGAAUAGAUUUAAUCGGUACGUUAAACUUGGUCUAAAAGCGUUUUGAGAAUUCAGUACUCAUUUGACUAGGAUGCAGUACCUUAAGUUACCUUGAGCUCGGUCUCACCCGGACAGUCUCGCUUGUUCGUAUCAUAUUUCGAGGAAAGCCAAAAGAACUUGAUUUAGUUUUAGUUAUUUAUUUGUAUUUAUUAAUGUUUGUGUGUCCCGCCCGGUUCGAGGCUCGAUCGGAUCUCCCUCGCGUGUCCUCCCGUCUGGCUCGACAUAUUUUUAUAUCAUAUUCCACGUUCGGGGGGGGGGCGGUAUGAUGGAAAAGAUGCGGGAAAAUCGGAGCCGCGUCGGUCGCCCCGACGACCGCGGACCACGCGCGGCUUCCAUAAAAGUUUUGUACCGAUGCGCGGGGAGGGAGAAAGCAGGGAAAUAAAUAGAAGAAAAAUAGUUCGUGUCCCUUUUCAGUGGCACUAGCCCGAGCGGAAACUCGCGGAAAACAGGAUUUUAUGUGCGGAAAUGGUUGUAAAAUUCGGUCUGAAUUUGAUGGCGGAAAAGCAUCUUCGCUCGAGAAAGCUUUUCUCCGGGAGGCGGUUGUGUGGCAAACGUCGGUUUAUAUAUUCGUCGGGAAAGCCUAGCGACGCAGAAUCGGAGAAAUUUCUCGUCUCUCGCCGCCGCGUUUCACGCUUCCUGGCCGCUCCCCGGGCCCCGCGCCGCCCCGCUUUUCCAUAAUGUUUCAUUUUCAGAACGUUUACCGCGACUCCCUGCUUUCGGUCCUCGAGACUUUAACGAAUUUCAAAAUUUCACGAAUUCCUACCUCUCCGUCGGGAAUCCAAACCGCUCGCGCAGCCCCUUCGAGCCCACUUUUCCGUGUCGAACAUCUCGCGGACUUCAAGUUUCUCGAGAGCUUGCAAAACCGCCCGAGUCUUUAGGAACUCCGGGAAACGUAGCGACGCACGAAUUUAUUGACAUUCGCGGCAGAGCCGCCGGUGCGCAACGAGCCACGUGGAAAAACCGCGCGAGCAUUCUCCCGCGCGCUAUUUAUUUUCUUCAUGCCCCAUCGACUCUCCUCUUUCCAAGCCACUUUAUAAACGGACAAAUAACGAUUCGAAAGCCGAGAAUCGCGUGCACGCUUUUCCAGGCUCGCGCAAUAUUGUGAAAGCCCCUUAAAGGCUUGCGUCGUAGAGUUCCGCGAUGCCGUUCGCCUCUCGACCCCGGUAAUAAGCUCUCGCGCUACACUCAAGAUUUUUCAAUUACGAAAAAACCUCCGCGUCCUUCCGCGUUGCUCCCUCGCCGUAUUAUUAUUUUUCGUUUCUAAACUGCGCCAGUAUUCGAGGCUGACAAAGAGCUGUUAAGGGCUCAAAAACAAACAGUCAAAUCGACGAUUUCAAGUUUGGGGGCCCGGCACCAAAGUCCGGGAAGAAAGCGUCGGGGACACGAGGCUGAAGUUUGCGACGUUCGAGUUCAACGAAACGAAGGAAAAGAGCAUUCGUAAUUCGCUCGUUUUUAAUCUCGUGUGGCUCGAUAAAUGAGGAAUUCGGGGGUGAAGAUAAUUGGAGAUUUACUGGAAUAAUUCGAGAGUUUUUACACCACUUCGUUGGACUGCAACGCCGCGAACUUCAGCGCCAUUCGAAGACUGAGAGAAACUGUAAACGAAACGGAUUCGAGCGAGUCCGAGGGGCUCUGAAUAGUCAUUAAAAAACUAGUCGAAAGAUCGCACUCUUAAUUUGUAAUCUCCGAAGCAGGAAGAAAAAUCCAACUUUAUUAUAUUUUCUUCUCCUGCCUGUGUGUGCGUGCGUGCGCGUGUGUGUGUGUGUGUGUGCGUAUGAGUGUUUUCGUCCUCGAGUAGAACCGACCCAGUGGAGCAUUGAUUUUAGUUGCGAAUCGACGAUUUAUUAUUAACGAUAAUCGAAGAACUUUGAGUGCGUAUCCGUGCCACGAUAAUCCCAGUGUUUUAAUCCGUCGAACGGAAAAGUCCUGAAAUCAUUGAAAAUAAUUCCCCCUUCGAUCGAGUUGUCCCCUCGAUCGAGGGCAGAGCCCGUUGCCCCUCCGUUUCCUCCGACUUUCGCGAUCGCGUCAUCAGCCCGAAUCGAUCAAGCCCGUCCGGGGCUCUCCGGAGCGAUUCGGAAGUAAAGUCCCGCGAGUUUGACGUCUCAUUUUCCACCUGCUUUUCUCCGUUUGGAGAAAAGCUCUCGAACCGAGCCAGGCCGCGUUCACUUUUCCAGUUGCUUUAAAAAGUCGCCAAACGCGUGGGCGAGCGGGUGCAAAGUGUGCGGUCGCGUUGUCUCCAAUUUAAAGAAUCGUUGCCUCACGCAUUGCCCAGGAAAUUGCGCGUGUCCGAUGUGGGCUCGUCGCAGAACGAGACUGGACAAUUUGAAGAGACGCGUUAAGCUCAAGCACCCCGAAACGCGAGUACCCGACAAAAGUUUCCGGCAGAACACGCAACUCGCUCUCGAGGCUCGCACCUUUUACUUUCACAAAAAGAGGAGCAUUCAUUAAUUUCUCUCCGCGCAAGCCCCUUUCCCCGUUUUCCGUGCUCACGUCCCGAGACCUCUUUCCACGAGUGCGAAACUCCCAGCUCGAUUCAACCGCGGUCUAAAUAACGCUCCCUCGGUUCCCGCGAUCUUCCACGCCUCGCCGUCUCCGCACUCCCAAAAAAUAGCGUCUACCGAGCUCCGGAAAAUAAUACGAAACAACAGAUUCUCCCUGUCCAAAAAUGUCGCUCGCGCCGCCAUAAACUUGUCAGCCUCUUUCUCCCGCGGCCGCAAACUUCCUCCUUCUCCCCUCUCGACGAAUCCUUUUCACGACCUCGUAUCGCACAAGAAUUUUCAUCAUAAAUAAAAAAAAAUAUUGUCACUAUUAUUACGAUUAUUCAUAAUAACGAUGCGAAAGCGAUCUCCGUUCUUGUACGUCGCCAAACCGCACCGUGUGAGUUUGUUCGACUCUAUUUUUAGUCUACGCUCCCCCAUUAUUGUGUAUGCUUUAUUUGUAAAUCUCUUUUUAUAUGUGGAAAUCAAAGUAACAUUCGUUCUUCUUCUACUUUCCAUAAAAAUAUGUGUAUUUAUGUAUUAUUUAUAUAUUUGUACUCGAUCAUUAACGCUAGUUUAGUUAGUAGUAUUUAUUUAUCCUAUUAUUUGCGUAUACUUGAAAUACUUGGAGUUGAAUCGAUCGCGAGGGCGAACUUUGUCGCGCGUAAACGCUCUUCCCUCGCGAUUAUCUCAACCGGAAACGAAUCUCUGUACUCUACCUCGAAGCGAGUCAACGAAAGUUCAUCCUCCGAAUGUGUAAUUGAAAAAGCGACACGGCACGACACGAGAGAAGUAUUGUGAGAGGAGGAAAGUGUUUGAUCAAUCGAUAAAUGUGAAGCUCGCGCUGUGGAGAGGCGAAACGAUGAAGGAACUUUGACGAAUCUCUGAGACCGAGCUGCCCAUGUCGGUUGAUCAAGGACCAACGGAAUUAUUGAGACUGGCCUUCCGCUCUCAUCGCCAGAGCAAAUCCACUGCUUUUUACUACACAUGCAAAUAUUGUACCUUAAAGAAUUCUCGUGCCUUUUUCGUAACGGCCUGAUAGUACAAUAAAGCCAGUCGUCGUGUUGCGAACUUGCCGCCGUUAUUGCGAAGGCCACGCUCAGGCUCGGGCACCGACGAGGCGCGCGCGGGAAAUUAUUGAUUUUCGAAAUUUUGUGUGCGCCUCGUUCUCAAGUCAGAUAAAUUCGAGAGUUUGCGGAAGCAUCGAGUCCUCGAAUCCUCGUGAAAACUCACUUUUCCUGCGUCACUACAAUCCCACGGUCCUCCUUGACAGAACGGAGAAGCUUUUUCCUCCCUUGACAAGAGCUCGCGAAGACUUGUCGACCGGCGUCGCGUGUGCGUUCCUCGGAGCGUUCGGUGCGCCGCGCCGAGUCCGUGACUCUUCCAGCACUCGGUAAACCUCUCUCCCAACUCUUUUCCAUUCCCCCUCGCUUCAUAUUCCUCUCAGUUCCGAUGAUAAUCCGAGGGCUCGAAUUCGGACGCGCGAGAUGCACUUUCUACUCCGACGAUUUUCCCUCGCGACGCGAGGGAAAAUCGUCGAAUUACUCGGGCCAAUCGCCGCGAGUGGAUCUCGCGCGUUGCUCGUUCAUCCGAUGCGAACAAGCGCUUUGGUACAAGCUCGUUCCCCAGCUUGCCGAGCUCGUCGGUGCCUCCGAGAAUGAAAGUUGUGCGCGGGGCUCAAACCAGAAAUCCAAAUACGCAGCACCACGUCAUUAUUAUACAUUGCGAUUUAAUAAUCUCUCUACCGACUGCUUAAUUACUAAUCAUAAGCGAAUAUUUAUAUUUUAUAUUAUAAUAACGAUACGACUGUCGAUAUAAGCGAGAUGUAUUUAAGCUACGGACGCGACAACGGCGAACAAAAAAAUGGAAAAAACGAUCUCUCAAUUUUGUACACUCGGCAUUGGUGAAAUACAACCUGCGUGAGACCGAAUG